AUGAUAGCUAGCGAAUGUGCGCCGCCGUCGGCUGUCUACGGCGUGGAGCCGAGUUCGGUAUCGGCGGCACUUAUUACACGGUCGAAUGAAUUUCGGCUCCGUUCGCAAGAUAACGCGGGGCGCCUCCUAAACGAGGCCUCAUGCCUCGCCGGCUUUGAGCGGUGGAGAAUCGCAAACAAACAACGCACCGGGCGCGUUCGGAUUCGUUAUUUGCUAGAUACGCGGCGGGGCGCUCGAACGCACGCACGAAUGGUGUACGAA